AUGGCGGCCAACACUCCUUUUACGCGUAGAUCAGUACUCAUCCUCAUGAUAGGCAGCCUCCUCGGCGGAUUCAUGUUUGCCAUUGGCCACCAUCUCUUCUACUUGAGUCUUGAUGGGCGCAUCAUCCACGGCCAAGACGACCAAGAAUGGAAUAUCCGAAUCGGAACGGGCCUGGCCUUCCUCGUGAAGCUUUGCCUUGCCACCGCCGUUGGCGUCUCAUACACGCAGCUCCUCUGGUCUAUUCUCAAGGAGAAAGCCGUCAAACUACAAACAAUCGACUCCCUGUUUAGCCUCCCACAUAAUGCAACGCAGUUCUUCUGUCUUGAGAUUUGGCACAAGGCGUCCAUUCUAGUUCCUAUUGCUGCAUUUCUUUGGCUUCUUCCACUAAUUGCCAUUGUCACACCGGGUACUUUGACAGUCAUAACAGCACCAAGGCCGCAAGUCAACAUGACGACCAUGACCAAGCCUACACUGAACUUUACAAUUAAAGACACAUUUGUCCAUUUUUCACCGCAAGGGGCAAAUACCUAUGGAGGACCAUCGAAUGCUUUUGCUCGGUUAAUUUCGACGGUUUUGAGCCAGGGCCGUAUCCAGCCGUUUUCGACACCGUCUCCCAAUAUUGAAUACGACUUGAAUUUCUAUGCCCCUUCUGUCUCGUGCGAACCAAUGGGUGGCAGCGAAGCAUUCCAAAAGAGAUUCAACAACAUGCUAGGGAACGACACAGUAGGGGACCAUGUUACAUUUAUGGCCUUUGUUCCCAUCCAACCGUUCAAUCCCCAAGGGAUAAGAGACUCGGUAGAAGACCAAAUCUUCAACGGUUUCAACGAAUCCAACAUACCAACUCGGGACUCGCCAGUGUACGUAGACUACGCGUCGGUAGAUCAUGCUCGCCUUCUUUUCUUCGCCUACGCCAAUGACUCGAGAGUAUCGGCAGCACAGAGCACAUGGCAAUGCGGCUUCUUCAACUCUUCAUAUCAAACGACAGUCCGGUUCGACGAUAAUAAGCAGUCCAUAAAAAUUCACAAUAUUACUCACCAAAAUGGUAUACUUGGAUCUGCCGGUGAAACAACUACGGGGGCAAUCGACGUGGAGCAGCUCUUUGUUGGGGCGUACGUGAAAGGGUUUACUAGUCCAUUCAUCGGACGAGUGGAAUAUUCACACCAUGGCUCAUCGGCACAGGUAUUCACAACCGUCUUUUCUACAGUCCUUAUGCAAAGUCGAGAAUUGAAUAGCGGUCAACCUGGCAGCCAGCCUCUCGAAGCUUAUGAACAUUCCAUUAUAGGCAACAUCUCCAUGGCAGAGGCUAUCGAGCAGUUGUCCCACAACAUAUCUCUGAGCCUUUUCAGCGAUCCUCAUUUCCUGAGUCAAGAUAAAAACUUACCAACUAUCCCUCUCAGGAGCUGGGGCCCUCAGUUGCAGUACACGUACAAUCCUCGCAACGUCUACAUUGCCUAUGGCUUGGGAAUAGCUGUGACUAUUUUUGCUGUCAGUCUUGGGCUAGUCGCCAUAUUCCGCUCGUCACUUACGUAUGGCGCCUCAUUCUCGACAAUUCUACGCACAACGAGAGCGGCAGGCCUGGAUCACCUUGUUACUCCAGCCGAAUCAACAGGCGCCGAGCCGUUAAGCGAGCAGCUUGCGCAGAGACGGUUGAGAUUCCAAUUACGCGACGACUCAUACGGUGCUAUUAAGGGUGCUAUGGCUUUUCAAAUAGCGGAUGAGCCAAAUUCAUUGUCUUCGCAACCGACGCAUAGCCAGCGAGCUGGUCUUGAUGCCCACUAUGGCAUGCCCAGCAAAAGGCUUGAUGGCAUAAAUACCAGCCAUUCCAGCUUUGCCAACUCUGGAAAUAAUGGAUAUGGGAGGGACUCACUGAGCGUAUGUUACCACAGUCAGUCACGGCCCAGGUGAAAGGCGCCAAUACCCACCACCAGCUCCU